AUAUAAAUUGGAAGACCUUAAAAAACAAUUAAACGAGGACGAAACAAAUUUUGGAAUCAUCAAUUAUACGAAAAAAAGAAGAAAGAAAAAAGAGGUUUCAUGAAUCACAGUAGUGCUGACAAUCUUCGAACCAUUUGUGGGUUUCAUACAAUCGAUCACCAAUAGAACAAAAGAGAAACAGAGGAACAGAAAGAAUAGAAGGAGUGGGAAGUGUAUGAGGAAGCUGUGUCCGAACAUAGACAAAGACGAUGGUCUGGAGACGGUGUUGGAAGUUCCGAUACCGGAGGAGAUGUUUUCCGGUAUGGGCAACAACGUUGCACUUAGGUGGCAAAAUAUGAUGACGUGGAUGAAAGCUCAAACGUCUGAUAAAUGGUCGCAACCGCUUAUCGCCGCUCGUAUCAACGAGCUCCGGUUCCUUCUCUACCUCGUUGGCUCGCCUCUUAUACCUCUCCAGGUUCAAGUCGGUCACUCUGUUCAUAAGCCCGUCAAAGAUUGCUCCAUUCAAGCUUCAACGGCGAAAUACAUUGUACAGCAGUACAUAGCAGCGACGGGAGGACCACAGGCGUUAAACGCCGUGAACAGCAUGUGCGUCACGGGACAAGUGAAGAUGACGGCGUCGGAGUUUCAUCAAGGAGAUGAUUCGGGCGUUAAUCUAAAGAGCAACGACGAAAUGGGUGGUUUCGUUUUAUGGCAAAAGGAUCCAGAUCUUUGGUGUUUGGAGCUCGUCGUCUCCGGUUGCAAAGUGAUAUGUGGAAGCAACGGUCGGCUUUCAUGGCGACAUUCCUCUAACCAGCAAACUCCGGCGUCUACCGGAACGCCAAGACCUCUCCGCCGGUUUUUACAGGGGUUAGAUCCUCGUUCGACGGCGAAUCUGUUUCUUGACGCAACGUGUAUCGGAGAGAAGAUAAUCAACGGUGAGGAUUGCUUUAUCUUGAAACUGGAGACGAGUCCGGCGGUUCGAGAAGCUCAAAGCGGUCCGAAUUUUGAGAUAAUUCAUCACACGAUAUGGGGUUAUUUUAGUCAAAGAUCGGGACUUUUGAUUCAGUUCGAAGAUUCGCGGCUUUUGAGAAUGAGGACCAAGGAAGACGAAGAUGUCUUCUGGGAGACUAGUGCUGAGUCGGUGAUGGAUGAUUACCGAUACGUUGACAAUGUGAACAUCGCUCACGGCGGGAAAACAUCGGUCACGGUUUUCCGGUACGGUGAAGCGUCGGCGAAUCAUCGGAGACAGAUGACGGAGAAGUGGAGGAUAGAAGAAGUUGAUUUUAAUGUUUGGGGUCUCUCCGUUGAUCAUUUUCUUCCUCCGGCCAAUUUGCAGAUCGAAAAAUGAUUUAGCUUUUUAUUAAAAAUAUUGUUAUUCGUUUUUAGCCGAUAUCAUAACUUUUUGAGAUACAUUAUCAACACACUCGUGCAACUGAGAUAUUCUUGACACAAUUUUUGCAUUUGAAAUUGGCAAUUUUGUACUACUCAUAUAGUUUGAAGCUUCAAUUCACUACAAAGGUU